AAAAAAUGUUAGAGAAAACAAUGAAAGGUGGCUUCUUUUUCUUCAAAACUUAAUCAUGGCGCCUCCAUUCUUCCACCAUCAAUUCAACGCAAAAUCCGCUCUGCUUUCGAUUUCCUUCUUCUAUGAAUCUCUCGAAAAUCUGUCUACAAUUUAUCAAAAUCUUCUUUGACGACCCAGAAAUUUUCAAGGGAUUCUUCAGGAAUUCGCAACAAGCAUGAGCAAAUUCAUUGGCAAAAACCCAAUCUGUGUAUGUGUAGUGUGUUAAUUCACGGAUGUAAUGCAUCAAAAAAUAUCUGAAAUUCAGAUCGGAAAAGAAAGCAGCGGUGUCUCUUCCGAUUUCAAUCCCAUUCCAGCAUUCUCUUCUCCAAUUUCCAACCAUUCACCUCCAUCACCAUCUUCACCGUCUUCUUUAUUAGUAGUCUUGCCAUCACCCAAUGAUAACAAUAAUAAUUUCAACAAUUUCACGACAACGGUGACAAAUGGAAACCCUAAUCAUCAACACGAAAUCGUAAUCAAUGAUGUUGAUAUCGAUCUUACUCCAAUUUCAUCACCAGCUCCUAAAUCAACACCACACAAACGGCCAAUUUUCCCCCAAACCACUACCAAUUUAUCUUCGGAUUCACCCUUUUCACCGGAAAAACAUUACUCUAAGCGCGCUGUUGCGCUUCACCUCCUCGAUCGUCUCCGCCACCUCCGCCGUCUUCAAUCUCACAUACGAUUAAUCCUUCUGUUAUCUCUCCCGUUCUUCUACUUCUUAGUUUCUCACCCAAGCCAAUCUUACGUGCUCGAUUUCCUAUCCGCUUUUGCAUUCUCGGCUGCACUGUUAUUCUCCCUCAAUCUCGGCCUCCCUCAGCUCCCUUCCCUCCGAACACUACUCGCUAGAUCCUUCCCAAUUAAGCUAUAUUCCUCCACCCAUUCUGCCAGAGCUCCAUUGCCGGUGUUCUGGUCAAUCGGAUCAAAGCCAAAAGGGAACAAAAAAAGAGUGAAUUCCGGGUGUUGGGUGCAAGCAUACAGUAAUGGCGAUGUCUACGAAGGUGAGUUUCAUAAGGGUAAGUGUUCUGGUUGUGGUGUUUAUUAUUAUUACAUGAGUGGGAGAUAUGAAGGCGAUUGGGUUGACGGAAUGUACGAUGGUUAUGGAGUCGAAACGUGGGUGAAGGGAAGCCGAUACAGAGGCCAGUAUAGACAAGGGUUAAGACACGGCCUCGGUGUAUACAAGUUUUAUACCGGAGAUGUUUAUUCCGGUGAAUGGUCUAAUGGUCGCAGCCAUGGAUGUGGUGUUCAUUGCUGUGAAGAUGGUGGUCGGUAUGCAGGCGCGUUCAAAUGGGGCGUUAAACAUGGUCUUGGUUAUUACCAUUUCAGGAAUCGGGAUACAUAUGCUGGAGAGUAUUUCGCUGACAAAAUGCAUGGAUUUGGAGUGUAUAAUUUUGCAAAUGGACAUAGAUACGAAGGAUCAUGGCAUGAAGGAAGAAGGCAAGGAUUCGGAGUGUACACUUUCAGAAAUGGUGAAACGCAAUCUGGGCACUGGCAAAAUGGCGUUCUUGAUGUUCCAAGCUCAAAGAAUAUAGUAUGUCCUGUAUCAACUGUCACUGAAUAUCGUUCAAAAGUUGUUAAUGCUGUUCAGGAAGCACGAAGGGCAGCAGAGAAAGCAUAUGAAUAUGAUGCAUCAGAAAAAAUGGACCAAAAAGUGAACAAUGUGGUGACAUCCGCCAAUCGGGCGGCUAAUGCCGCUAGAGUAGCCGCCAUAAAAGCGGUACAAAAACAAAUGCACAAAAGCCGGAACAGUGACUGUGACAGUGACAAGCUUCCUAUCCCUAUCCCUGUUGUGCAAAACCUUCAUCAUCUACCCACGCAAUUCACCAUUUGAGUUUGACCCUGAUUUUUUUACAUCUUAUAUUUGCAGAAAUCCGGGUUUCUUAAUCUUAUCAUGAUUUUUCUAUCAGUUUAACGUCAUGUAGCUGUACUUUGAUGACUUUGACAAGUGCAAAAUUAGGUAGAUUAGAGCCUUGUAUAUACUAAAUAGUGAUCUGGAAUCAGAAUCAUUUGUAAAUCCUAAAUCCUAAGUUUCCAUGUACAUUAUAUUUGGUUUUUAGUUGUAAAUUUGUAUACAAAACCAUUCUUCUUCAGAG